UAUUGCACAAUUUUACCGGCGUGAAAAAAGGUGAAGGAUUUCUGUCUGUGCGCAAAGCGCAAAGUCAAGGUUAUUUAAACAAAUGAGUAUCUACUAACGAAACGAGUAUCAGUAAAAUAACAGCAGUGUCGGAAAAAAGAUUGGUGCAUGCACGUGGCUAUCAGUAAUAGGAAUAUGAUCCUUUUAAUUAUUAAGUUACAAAACAAAGUAAAAUCUAUAAACAAUGGAAAGUGCUAAGGAUGCUGAAGCAAGAAGGAAUAAAAAAGGCGACAAUCCUAUAAAUGAAGCUGGUUUUUUAAACAAAUUGUUUUUUACCUGGAUGUUUCCUCUUUUUUACAAAGGAUAUAAAGAAGGAUUGAAAGAAGACGAUAUUUAUUCGCACCUCAAACAACACGAUUCAGAAUUAUUGGGAGAUCGUCUUGAAAAAGAAUGGUUUAAAGAAAUUAGAAGAAACGAGAAACAUCCAUCCCUAUGGAGAGCUUAUGCCAAAGUAUUUGGCAGAAAAUUUAUUUUAUACGGAUCCUUAGUAUUUGUUUAUGAAAUGAUGAGACUCUCACAACCACUGAUUCUAGCAAACUUCCUCGAGUAUUUCAAUGCUAAUACCAAAGUUACCUUGAAUAACGCCUAUUUAUAUGCGUCUCUCAUAUGUGUAACAACCAUAGUGCAAAUUUUCCUAGUUCACCAUGCAAUGUUCCAUGUAAUGCAUAUCGGUAUGCAAUUGAGAGCAGGUGCUACCGCUUUGGUUUAUAGAAAAGCUAUGAGACUUAGUAAAUCGUCUUUGGCUGAAACUACUGUAGGUCAAAUGGUUAAUUUAAUAUCUAACGACGUUUCGAGGUAUGAAAAUUGCACCAUGUGUACUAACGAUUUAUGGAUUGGACCGAUUCAAUGUAUUGUUUUAUUGAUUUUACUUUAUCAGUACUCCGGAUGGACCAGCUUGGUGGGCAUUAGUUUAUUGCUAUGUAUUGUACCAAUACAGAUUUGGAUGGGAAAGAAAACUUCUGUAUAUCGUUUAAAAACUGCCCUAAAGACUGAUGAAAGAAUUCGGCUUAUGAACGAAAUUAUAAGUGGGAUGCAAGUGAUUAAAAUGUACACUUGGGAGAAACCGUUCACAAAAAUUGUGGAAUAUGUUAGGAGAUUGGAAAUGAGUGAAAUCCGUAAAAACUCCAUCCUUAGAGCCAUCCACAUUUCUUUUGACAUGUAUUUAUUACGCGCAACAAUUUUCAUAAGUAUCUUGGCAUAUAUUUUAACUGGAAAUACUCUCGACGCCCAGUAUGUCUACACAGUUUCUCUAUUUCAUGAACUUCUGCGACAAUGUUUGAGCUUUGCCUUUGCUCAGGGUAUUACUCAAGCAGCUGAAGCAAUGAUUUCUACUAGGAGGAUUAGGAAAUUUUUACUUUAUGAUGAGUUUGUGCAAGAACUUACUUUGACGCCCUUUAGUGGUGAUAAAAAUGAGAAAAGUAAUACAGGAUCUUUACUGGUUAUGGGGUCAGUCCCUGAUAAGACAAAACCAAUAGGGAUAUCAUUGAAAAAUGUCUCUAGUAGAUGGAUUAAGACGAACAGUGACUAUGCGUUAGAAGGAAUUGAUUUUGAAUUGUCUGAUGGAAAAAUGGCGGCAGUAAUAGGUACAGUUGGUAGUGGCAAAUCAACUCUCCUUCAUGUAUUUUUAAAGGAACUGCUGCCAGUUGAUGGCACAGUAAACGUAAAUGGUAUUAUUUCAUAUGCUUCACAAGAACCAUGGUUAUUCGUUGGUAGCGUUCGUCAAAAUAUCCUUUUUGGACAAGAAUUUGAUGUAGUCAGGUACCACGAGGUGAUCAGAGUUUGCGCCUUGGAAAGAGACUUAAAACUGUUUCCACAUGGAGACCGCACAGUUAUAGGUGAACGUGGAGUAUCUUUGAGUGGUGGUCAAAGGGCUCGAAUUAAUCUAGCCAGAGCCAUUUAUAAAGAGGCUGAUAUUUAUUUGCUCGACGAUCCACUUUCGGCUGUAGAUGCUCAAGUAGGAAAGCAUAUUUUCAACGAAUGUAUUAAUGGUUACCUACAGGAUAAAUGUGUCGUUUUGGUGACGCAUCAGCUGCAGUAUUUGAACGACUGCGAAAAAAUUUAUUUGCUAAAUGAUGGGAAGGUUGAGCAUUCUGGUAAAUUUGAUGAUAUUAAAAACGCUGGGAAAAAGUUUACGAAUUUAUUGGAAGAAUUGAGAAGAAUGGAAGAAGAAGCCAAAAAGGAAGCAGAAGAAUUGAAGAAGAGAAGAAACACUGUAUCAACAAGUGGGGGUGAUGAAGAGUCAAAUGAAUUAGAGGGACCUUCAUUUGCAAAAGAAACAAAAUUCGAUGGCAAUGUUACUUGGGACAUGUACAAAUUUUACUUUUUAUCAGGUGGAAGUUCCUUGAAAAUUAUCUUUCUAGUUUUUCUUUUCCUAUUUUCUCAAGCCUUGGCAAGUUAUGUCGAUUAUUUCUUGAGUGUGUGGGUGAAUUUAGAAGAAAUGAAAUCGGAAUGCAACAUAACAGGAGAAGUAAACGAUACUCUAAUACAAAGUCUUGACAGUUCCCAAUACACUGUUAUACAGAAAUUCUGGUUUAGGACUCUCACUGAGGACCUUUGCCUAUACAUAUACACAGGCCUAGUUGCCAUAAUUGUGCCUCUAUUUAUAUGGCUAUACAUAUUUUUCUAUAAUUGUUGCAUAAAGGCAUCAAUUAAUCUACAUAACAACAUGUUUUCGAAAAUUGUUUUUGCGCCUAUGAGAUUUUUCAAUACAAACCCAUCUGGAAGGAUUUUAAAUCGGUUUUCUAAAGAUGUUAAUUCGGUGGAUGAAUUUUUGCCAGUGACACUUUCUGAUAGCAUUAGGAUUGGUUUAAUGAUGACUGCAUGCAUCAUUGUGGUAGCAACUGUAGUGCCUUUGAUACUUGUGCCUACUGGAUUUAUAUUCUUAGCCUUUUAUCUUAUAAGAGUGGUUUUUAUAGCAACAACUAGGGACAUUAAGCGAUUUGAAGCCAUAGCACGAAGUCCUGUUUAUUCUCACCUAACAGCUUCUCUCCAAGGUUUAACAACAAUCCGAGCGUUUGGAGCCCAAAAUAUUUUGAAAAAAGAAUUUGAUAACUACCAAAACAGCUACAGUGCAACUUCUUAUAUGUUUUUGGCCGCAAAUAGAACUUUUGGCUUCUGGUUAGAUCUCCAUACUGCUGUUUUUGUGACAUUGGUUACAUUCAGUUUUUUGGUCUUUAAAACUGAUUCUUUUGGCGGUAGUGUUGGCCUAGCUAUUUCUCAAUCAAUUAAUUUGGCUGGUUGGUUCCAGUAUGGUAUACGUCAAUGGAGUGCGAUGGAAAACACAAUGACUUCAGUAGAACGAUUGAAAGAAUACGCAGAAGUAACUCCAGAAACAGACUCGCAAACGAAAGAACCUUCAAAAAUUUGGCCAGAGAACGGAUACGUUCGAUUCGUCAAUUUGUGUCUUCGAUAUUCCAAAGACGAUCCUUAUGUACUUAAAAAUUUGAAUUUCGACAUUCAACCGAGAGAAAAAGUUGGCAUUGUUGGGAGGACCGGUGCUGGAAAAUCGUCAAUUAUCGCUUCCUUGUUCAGGUUAGCUGAUAUUGAAGGAGAUAUUUUGAUUGACAGUGUUGACACUAAAACUAUACCUUUGAACCGUUUGAGGUCAAGUAUAUCGAUUAUUCCACAAGAGCCUGUGCUGUUUUCUGGUACUCUAAGGAAGAAUUUGGAUCCGUUCGAUGAAUAUAGUGAUGAGAGUCUUUGGAAUGCUAUCGAGGAAGUCGAACUUAAAUCCGCUGUUAGCGAUCUUCCUCACGGUCUCGAAAGUAAAAUGUCAGAAGGUGGAUCAAAUUUCAGCGUUGGUCAAAGACAGUUAGUUUGCUUAGCGAGAGCUAUUGUACGUAAAAACAAAAUCCUAGUACUAGACGAAGCCACUGCCAGUGUCGACCCUCAUACAGACAGCUUAAUUCAAACUACAAUACGAGAGAAAUUCGCUAAUUGCACGGUGCUAACGAUAGCUCAUAGGCUGCAUACCAUAAUGGAUUCAGAUAAGGUGUUGGUAAUGGAUGCUGGAAGAGCUCUCGAGUUUGAUCAUCCUUAUGAAUUACUUCAGGAUAAACGGAGUAUUUUCUAUUCACUUGUAGAACAAACUGGAAGGGCUAUGGCUAAGAAUUUGUUGGACAUUGCUACCAAGACCCACACAAUGCGUGAUAAAAAGAACUUAAAAUAAGUUAAUUCAAUGAGAAUAAGUUUAUAUGAAAACUGUGAUAAAUGUGUAUUAUAUUUUUUAUUACAAGUAUUAUAGUUGAAAAUAUAUUUUUAUUUUUCAGCAA